AUGGCUGAACUCGGCGGUAUCAUGGUGGCUUUGAUCACCCCCUGGACAGACGACCAGACUAAGAUCGACGAAGGCCGUCUCCAAGCACACAUUGAGCAUCUCAUCAAAGCCGGUGUCCACGGUCUCGUCCCAGGCGGCAGCACCGGAGAAUUCACAACAAUGACAACCACAGAGCGCAAGCAACUCACCGAGCUCUGUGUUAAAUUCGCUGCCGGACGCAUCCCCGUCGUUGCAGGUACAGGUAGUACCUCGACCGCAGAGGCCGUGGAGCUCUCCGUGCACGCUAAGCAGGCCGGCGCCGCAUCCGUUAUGGUUGUUCCUCCCUUCUACGAUGCUCUCAGCCUUGAAGAGCUGCACGAGCACCUCUCUACAAUCCAUGAAGCCUCCAAACUACCCAUUAUGUACUAUAACAUCCCCGCUGCGUCAGGCUUAAAGCUUAGCCCCGAAGAGCUGGCCGGUCUGUCUAAGUCUGGCGUGAAGUAUAUGAAGGAUACGUCUGGCGAUGCUCCCGCUCUGACAGAGAUGUUGGUUGCCCACAGUGAUAAGAUUACUUCGUUCAAUGGAUGGGAUACACUUACCUUUUUCGGAUUGGCUGCUGGCGCACCGGGUGGAGUGUGGGGUGCUGCGAACAUCAUCCCUGAGUUGGCUGUUCAGCUUUAUGAUGCUGUUUCUGUUAAGGGUGAUUUGAAGCUGGGAAGAGAGCUUUGGGCUAAGGCUUGGUCUAUUUGCAAGUUUUUAGAGUCUCAUAACUAUGCUGCGGCUGUGAAGACUGGUGUUGAGUUGACGGGUCAAUCUACUGGUGGUUUGCGAAAGCCGUUUUCUUUGAUGAAGCCUGAGUUGCAGGCUGAGUUCAAGCAGCUUAUUGCCAAUGCUGGCGUGAAGACUGUUUAA